AUGGCUUCCUGUGCAGUAGGAAAUGUCUUCCCAAAAACAAAGGAGACCACCAGGAUCGUAAUUGUCGGCGCAGGACCCUCAGGCAUUGCAGCUGCCACUAAACUCCUCGAGCAAGGAUUCCGCAAUGUCCAAAUCUUCGAGGCGGAGGAUCGCAUUGGUGGCAGGAUUAAGACAGUACCCUUUGCGGAUAGCUUCAUCGAUCUGGGUGCCCAGUGGUGUCAUGGAGAGCAGGGUAAUGUGGUCUUUGAGCGCGUUAAGGAUCUGGAUGUGCUGGACAGGACAGCCGAUCAGGCCUUACACUUGGUGCGCUCUAAUAAGGAGAUUUUAUCCGAGGAACAGACCAAACCCCUCAAGGAAUUUGUGGAUGCCUUCGAUGUGAGCGUCGAUUGGGAGGGAUCUGUGGGCGAUAGAUUUACAAAUAACUACUGGAACACGGUGGGCAAGGAUCUGGACCGAACCAUUGCCAAGGAAGCACUAAGCUCUAUGAUGAAGUACAUCUGCACCUCGGAUGCUUGUGAUCAUCUUUUUGAGCUUUCGUCCAGGAACUAUACGAAUUUUCACCUCGCUGACGGCGAUCAAAAUCUCAGCUGGCGGCGCAGGGGCUUCUGGUACUUCCUGAGUCUCCUGCUCGAGGCCAAGGAGGAUCAGCCGGGGGAUCAGGGUUGCCUCAAGGGUUAUGUGCACCUCAAUAGGAGAAUCGCAGAGAUCAAUUGGAAGGGCAACGGUGAGCUGACCCUGCGCUGCUGGAAUGGAGAGAUUGUCACAGCGGAUCAUGUCAUCUGCACUGUGUCCCUGGGUGUCCUCAAGGAGAAGCAUGAGAAGCUAUUUGUUCCAGCUUUACCCUUGGCCAAAGUGCGAGCUAUUGAGGGACUCAAGCUGGGCACUGUCAACAAAUUCAUAAUGGAGUUUGAGAAGCAUCCGUUUCCGGAGAAUAUGUACAACGUUGCCAUACUCUGGUUGGAGGCAGAUCUCCUUGAACUCCGCGGCUCGGAGUUCUAUUGGCUGGAGAGUGUCUGUAGCUUUCAUCGCGUGGACAGGCAACCCACUCUCCUGGAGGGUUGGAUUAUUGGUGCCCAUGCCCGGCACAUGGAGACCCUUGGCGAGGAUAAGGUCCUAGAGGGACUCUUGUGGCUUUUCCGCAAAUUCCUCACCUUCGAUGUGCCCCGACCGAAGCACUUUAUUCGCACGCAAUGGCACUCCAAUCCGAACUUUCGUGGGAGCUACAGUUUCUAUCCCACAUAUGCCGAUGAUCUGAGAACAGGACGCACGGAUCUGGCUUCACCUCUGGUGGAUGUGACCAACGGAAGACCAAGGGUGCAGUUUGCUGGUGAGGCUUCCAGCGGAAAUCACUGGGGCACGGUCCAUGGAGCCACUGAGUCGGGAUGGCGAGAGGCCGAUCGCCUUAUAGAUUUCUACAAAGCCAAAGCUGAAAAUUAACUCGCGGAACUUCAACCAUUUUGAAUAUUUAUCUAAAGAAUGCCAUUAAAUAAUAUAUUAACCUAGCUAACAUUUU